GGCGCCUGCUGAGCGUGGCGCUCUGGUGGUCAGGGCCGCUGGCCAGCUUGGGGUUGUUAGACGGCGUGGCUGCCAUCGAAGUCGUGGGUCAGCGGGCAGGUGGACUUGACCCGGAGUGCAGAACACGCGGGCAGCCGGACGGCGGGCUAGGUCCCGGGGCCUGCGGUGCGGGCGCUGAGCUGGCGGGGCGGGCCGGGGCGCGGGCGUCGGCUCCUCCUCCUCCUCCUCCAGUAGGGCUAAUAACUAGUAUUUAUAUAAGACAGAAGAAAAAGAUGUCAUUCCGUAAAGUAAACAUCGUUAUUUUGGUCCUGGCUGUUGUUCUCUUCUUACUGGUUUUGCACCAUAACUUCCUUGGACUGAGCAGUUUACUAAGGAAUGAGGUUUCAGAUUCAGGAAUUCUGGGGCUUCAGCCCAUAGAUUUUGUUCCAAAUGCUCCCCGACAAGCAGUUGAGAGGAGACAAGAGGAGAUUCCUGUGGUCAUUGCAGCAUCUGAAGACAGGCUCGGGGGAGCCAUUGCAGCUAUGAACAGUAUUCAGCACAAUACUCGCUCCAGUGUGAUUUUCUACAUUGUUACCCUCAAUGAUACAGCAGACCAUCUCCGGUCCUGGCUGAAAAGUGGUUCCCUAAAAAACAUCAGGUACAAAAUUGUGAAUUUUGACACUAAACUUUUGGAAGGGAAAGUAAAGGAGGAUCCUGACCAGGGGGAGUCCAUGAAACCACUAACCUUUGCAAGGUUCUACUUGCCAAUUUUCAUUCCCAGUGCAAAGAAGGCCAUUUACAUGGAUGAUGAUGUAAUUGUGCAAGGUGAUAUUCUUGCCCUGUACAAUACACCACUGAAACCAGGACACGCAGCUGCAUUCUCAGAAGAUUGUGAUUCAACCUCUACUAAAGUUGUCAUCCGUGGAGCAGGGAACCAAUACAAUUACAUUGGCUAUCUUGACUAUAAAAAGGAAAGAAUCCGUAAACUUUCCAUGAAAGCCAGUACCUGCUCAUUUAAUCCUGGAGUUUUCGUUGCAAACCUGACAGAAUGGAAACGACAGAAUAUAACCAACCAGUUAGAAAAAUGGAUGAAACUCAAUGUUGAAGAGGGACUGUACAGCAGAACACUGGCUGGCAGCAUCACAACACCACCUUUGCUUAUUGUAUUCUACCAGCAGCAUUCCACCAUUGAUCCUAUGUGGAAUGUCCGUCAUCUUGGUUCCAGUGCUGGAAAACGGUAUUCACCUCAGUUUGUAAAGGCUGCCAAGUUACUCCAUUGGAAUGGACACUUUAAACCAUGGGGAAGAACUGCUUCAUAUACUGAUGUUUGGGAAAAAUGGUAUAUUCCAGACCCAACAGGCAAAUUCAGCCUAAUCCGAAGACAUAUGGAGAUCGCAAACAUAAAGUAAACUAGAAUUUAAAACUAUAAGCAUUUCUCAGGAAAUCCUUGAAAGUAACAGUGUGGGAAGUAACAGUUGGUAGGCCUCAAUUCCUAUUUGUUGCAACCCAUGGAAAAAGAGAUGUUUCAGCUCAGUAAAGAUGACAAAUUGCCCUGUCUGGUAGUCAGUUCCCAGAUAGACUAUAAAUAUGUCUCCAUCUGUCUUACCAACUGUUUGCUUACUACAGUGCUGACUGGCCAGAAGAAAGAACUGAUAAGACUGAUAUAACCAGUUCAGCUAGCUCGGAUGGUUAGCUCAAAACUGCUGCCUGGUUUUAAUUUUGUAAACCUGUGGCCCAAUCUGUAAAUAAACCUACAUUUUUCAGUAG